AAACAUACAAUUCACUUGCGUAAGUGCAUUACGAGCAAAUUUCAGCAUCUUAAAUAUCUCUCCACAAGGAUUUAAUGUCACGACUCAUUUUUUAGAAGAGCGAAACCCACACAAUGAAAUAAGUGCAGAAUACACGUCUUCUGGUCUUAAACGUGUCAUCCCAGUUCUAAAUGUUUGACAUAUUUAGUUUCGGCAACCAAUUCGUCAAUUAAAAUUUAAAAAUGGUGUUGCUGAAGAUGCUUGCGUACUCGGGAACCAAAAUACUGCCGUUUGCCAAAUAUACCCCCUCAUAAAAUAAAUGCUUUGGUUAAGGAAUAAACUGAAAAUACUUAGCCAAAAUAAAAUAAAAGAAGUUGCCUUUCACAGUUUUCGUGUACUGUUUUGUUGGUAGCGCUUGCGCGCUAGUCCUACGCCUUCAAAAGCUGAGGACAGAUGCCGAUUCAGUAGCAAGCUGGAAGCUGUACGCGGAUGAAAUGAAGGAGUAGUAAAGUGCUUGUUUAACACCUGCCAGCCGUUACACCUGGGUUGGCUGUGAUGUUCCUACCGUCUUGACGUGAAUUUACUUACUGUGAUAGUCGAAAAAUAAGGCGGAUAUGCGUGUUAAAUUAAUGUAAUAAAAUAGUCUGUUACUUACAGCGUGCGAAAUGGCUGUGAUUUCCAAUGUUAUGCGCGUGAAAUUGAUUUUGUUCGCCGUUAUUUGUUUUAUACUGUGGGAAGCAUUAAGGACUGUUCCAAGUUUAUCUUCAAUUACUAACGCAGGCCCUGCUGCACUUGACCGUGGUGGUCUUGUUUCUCUGAGAACACCGCUCAGUCCUGUUGAAGUUGCUGUGUACUAUGAAGCAUUGUGCCCAGAUUCACGAAGUUUCAUUACAAGGCAGUUACUGCCUGCAUUCUUGAAAGGCCCUGGUUUGAUCAAUCCUGUUCUGAUUCCAUAUGGGAAAGCUGAGACCAGAGAAACACCAACUGGUUACGAAUUUACAUGCCAACAUGGACCCGUAGAAUGCCAGGGUAAUAAAGUGCAUGCAUGUGCUGCUGCCAUCAUUGGAAGUAAAGAGAUGCAAGUGAAAUAUGUAGCAUGCAUGAUAAGCAAUAACAUGAAUCCAGAAGAAAUUGGAGAAAGGUGUGCCACCAAGCUCGGUAUUGCUUGGGACCCAAUUUUGCAGUGUUCAAGAGCAAGGGAAGGAAAUGAGCUGCUAAAAGCAAAUGGUGAUGCUACCUAUGCCUUGAAUCCGAGUGUAUCGUUUAUACCAACAAUAACACUGAAUGGAAAUCAGGGUAACCAGGCUGCCAUCUUAAAGAAUCUGUUUGGAGAAGUUUGCAACCUCUAUCCGGAACCUAAACCAGCAGAGUGUGAAUAUGAGAGGAAACCAUCUGAGUAAUGAAGAUCAAGUUACAAAUAACAUGUUUAAGAUUCAUUGGCUUGAGCAAUAAAAAAUAACUCAUUCAGUAUUGUUAAAUACUUUGAAUAUCACAAUAUUGAGGAACUGUCGCACUUAAAAUAUAAUAUCUCCUGUAAUCCAUUCCUAUUAUUACAGUUAAUGCAUUUAUAAAAAAAAUGGUUAACCCUUUACCUUCACACUAUAUCUAAUCAUGUGAUCUUCUGUUGCCGUUCCAUUACAAAGUAGGUUCUUUAAAGACUGUAAAUGUAAGUAUUUUUAUGAAGUUGAUGCUUUGAAAAGACUGCAUUAAAACAAGAAUAUGUCCUGCAUCUCGUGGUUCUGGUGGCCAUUGUGAAAUGUAACACAGAAUUUAGAUAGUUAUUGUACAGAAGUAAUAGUUCAGGCAUUCCAUGAGAUUCUGUUUCACUCUUUUUUCCUUGCCACUGAUAUAUGCAGUAAAGUGUCAAUAUGUGGAAUACCUAUGCCAUUUGGUGCUGCUGCAUUGACUAAUUGUCAUUAUAUUGUCCCAAAUUAUUGAAAUAUUUUUGUUAAUGUUGUUUGUAGUACCACAGGGUAACUAUUACAUAUGUUCCAUUUCUUCCCUGAAUAAGUAUUGCACUUUUAUGGGUAAUAUAAAGUACAAAAAAUUCAAAUCUGUAUUGUAUAAUAUAAUUUGAAAUACAGAUUUUUGUUACAGUGUUUCAGUGUGAUUCUUUUUUUAGAUUAAAGCAGUGGUCUAGAAAUUAGUUUUGUAAUAUUGUUACUUCAGUUGAGCAUUGUUGUUGUUUGUGGGUGUCGUCAGCAAUGUACCCAGAAAAUUUAAUAGAUUGUCUACUCAGUGGCUAUCAUAAGAAAAGUAUAAAAAUUACCCACUUUCUAUUUUGAAAAUAUGGGACUUUGGGUAUGUUAACCACAGUAACAAAUAACACACACUCAGAAUUGUUGAAUAAGAAAAAAAAUUAGAGCUUGAAAUAUUUAUACCACAAUAAUUUCCACACACAACAUGAACGAAUCCCAGAAGUACCAAGAAACUAACUAUAUUAUGCCACUUGGUGCAAACAGCGGUCCACUCUGUCAGCCAAAGAGUACACACUACACUCUAAGCACUUGUCAAACUUCUAUUCCCACACAGUUCCCCCUGCAGUAGAACAAAGCUCCAGAAAUGUAGGGAAACUGAUGUUGAACUCGUUCUGGCACUUUUAUUAACUGGGAAUGUGCUGUGGGGUGUCCUUGUGAAACGAUACCAGGAUCUCUUAGUAUGACACUGGAGUAUGCAUCACUGAACUUGGGGGUUAAUGAUCUCGUUUGUCAGUCUGGUAAUGGAGAUCUGUGUACUAAGUUGGUAGGUCCUCAAUGGGUUACAAUUAAGGUGGAUUUAUCCUUUUGAAUGACACUGUCUUAAGUUUAGCUUAAUAGUACAUUCAUUACACUUCCAAACUUUGAAAGGGGGAGUAUAAGAAGGUUGUAGUGGUCAGUGGACAGUGCUGAUCCUUAGAAUAGCAUGGCAGCAUGUGUACAUAUCCUGAAGUAAAAUGUUGGCAUCUGUAUGAGGAGGUGAGAUGUAGGGCGAAGCAGGUCAGCUGAUACGUAAAACUCUGAUGGAAGCCGCAAUGUCUCUGCAGGAACCAUCUUACUGUUGGCAUGGCAAUCUCUUGCAUGACCGCAGUGCGAAAGCCACACAGCACAGCUUUGGGUGGGGACUAAAAUAGUUACUGGGCAAUUAGUGAAGUCUUCCAGAAACCACAGCAUAUCCCAAACAAACCUCCAGCAUACAUCAGGUAUGAGCAUCAUCAAAGAAAACACUGUCAUCACAUCAAAAAUGUUACAUACAAAUACAGAGAAGCUAGACACAUAGACACAUUCAGCAUGAAAUUUGAGCCAGCAGAAGGUGUUCUAGGAGAGUAAAUGGCUGUUGUUUGAAAUCCAAACUAAACACCAUAAAAGAAGAAAAGAAAAAUAUACAAUGAAAACAAAGAAUUUAAAUCCAAACUGUAUUCAUAAAAAGGGAACUAGAAAAAUUGAAAAAGGGUAGGUGCUCAUCCCCAAAAAUCAUCAGAUCAGGGUCACCAAUUUGUGGGUGAGUUAAAUACAAUACUUGAAAUUGCUAAAUAAGAACAAAAUUUAUUUUAUAGCCUGUAAACAUUUACACAACAUUACUACUUCCAUAAGACCAUGGGGAGACAACCCCCCCCCCCCCCCCCCCACACACACACACACACACACACACACACACACACACACACACACACACACACACACACACACACACACACACACGCGCAAUUUAAAAAAUACUCUUUUGCACUGCUUGUUAGAAGAACAGUGACACAAUGUUCAAUCUGUUCCUUCCUCCGUGACGUAGUUGAACAUCGUAUCUCCAAAGGCAUAAAACAAUCCUCAUUUUUCUUUUGGAUAGUUUCAUGAUCCUAAUCCACUUCAUCAGCCAAAAUACCUUAUAAAGCUGUGAAUGAAGUAACUUUCUUCUCUUAACUAUGUCUCUCUCUCUCUCUCUCUCUCUCUCUCUCCCCCCCCCCCCCCCCUCUCCCCAGUAAUAAAACAAAUAUUACAUUGUGGAAUGAUAGACCACUAUCAAGCUUUAAAAUUUUAUCCAAACCAGGAUGAUCCAUGUGUCUUUUUGGUUGAGAAAUUGUGUUGAUGCUUUGCAAAGGAGUAGUUGUAAUUUUCAACAGGGCAAUUGUACUUAAUUCAAUUGAUUGCUGAUGAUAAGUAAAGAUUUUUUUCUCCAAUAUUAUGUCACUGGUUAAUUCAUAUAUCAAUUAAAUAAUUACUAAUUCACCUGAUAUUACAAUGGUGCUAUAAUAAAAUGGCAAUGUUUUGAAAAGGGGUAAAAGAAGUUAGGAGAGAAUGGCCCCUUCAAAGUCAAAAGAGAAACAUUUCCAUUGUGAGGAGCAUUUAGUCCAGUCAUAUCACUAGGGUGCCUAGAAUUUUAUUUACUAGUGGCAAUGUAAUUAUUUAUCAACGAAUAAGUGAAUUGUAAAAUAAAAUUAGACAAGAGUCAUAAAUAUUAAACAGUGUUCCAAAAUGAAUAUAUUGUCUUGUUGUUGUUUGGUGUAUUGUUGAAAGAAGUUCUGAAAAAUUAUUAUUGUUCAUUUUUAAGGAAAAAAAUAGGAGAAAAUGAUAAGUAUACAAGAAGCCUUUUAUUUGAACUUGUGAAAAGAUUUAUUUUCUGUAGUGUGGUUGCUUUGUUAUAAUUUUGAUUAUAUACUGUGUUGUGUUGGCCUUUGUUUUGUUGGGUUCUUGUACCAAGGAAAGAUAGUAUGACUUUGUGCAGAAGAACCUUUUGUGUUAAGUACACUAAUAUUUUUAAAAACUUGAAAAUUCUUUCAGUCUACAAAAGAGCCAAUGUUUGUUAUAUUUAUAAAUGAAAAUAAAUAUUUCAAAAAAGUUA